UGUCUCCCACCUCAACUCUUCCCUUUCCAUCUCGUCUCCCUCGGGUCCCCAUCUCCUUCCUCAUCCUCGCGGGCUCGCGGCCCACCUCCAAACCCUAGCCCACCGCCGUGCCGACUCCUCUAGCCAGCCACGACGUCGAAUAGGGCAGCGGCGGAGGCGGCAACCUGAUGCCCAGCCCCCCGUGGGGGCCAUGGAGCUCGUCACCGUCAAGCCCGCGGCCGGAGCUCUCGUCGAGGAGGGCUCCGGGUCCGUGGCCGGCGCGGGCUCGAUCCCGGCGAUGGUGGCGGCGCAGCAGCAGCUGCUGCACGAACAGGUGGACCAGCUCCAGCGCCUCGUCGUCGCUCAGUGCCGUCUCACCGGCGUCAACCCCCUCGCCCAGGAGAUGGCUGCCGGUGCAUUGUCUAUCAAGAUAGGUAAGAGGCCAAGGGAUCUGUUGAAUCCAAAAGCAGUUAAGUACAUGCAGUCACUUUUUGCCUUGAAGGACACUCUUGGCAAAAGAGAAACCCGAGAACUUAGUUUGCUCUGUGGGGUCACUGUUACGCAGGUUAGGGAAUUCUUUACAAUUCAAAAAUCACGAGUGAGAAAGUUUGUUCGUCUGUCUCAAGAAAAAGCGCUGAGAAUAGAAACACCUAAGGAGCAGGACAAUGCAUACUCAAUAGACUCUGAGCAGAUACCAUUGGACAUAGAGGCACAAGCUGAAGUUAUCGAACCUUUGAGCACUUUAGAACCAGUGGUCCUACAGAGCUCUUUGCAACCAACGGAUGUCCCUCAGGUCUCUUUGCAAUCAAUGGCGCUCCAACAAAGCGAUCUGCAGCACAUGGAAGUCUUCCAAAAUACUUUGCAUAAAGCAGAGGCUCAACAGAACUUUGCAGCUCCUAUGAUGCCACCUGGAACAAUGGUUAUGCAACCAACUGAUGCUAAGAUUAGCUCAGACUCUGUUCAAAAGGAUAUUAAGCAAGAGGAAACUCAUCCUGGUGUUGAGUCAGAAGAUAAGAAGUUCUUGGAAAGUAUCUUUGCUCUAAUGCAGAAGGAGGAAACAUUCUCUGGGCAGGUCAAAUUAAUGGAAUGGAUUCUGCAAAUAAAUAAUGCUACAGUUCUUAGUAGGUUUGUAACGAUGGGUGGUUUGACCAUUAUGUCAACAUGGUUGAGUCAAGCAGCAAUUGAAGAGCAGACAUCGGUUAUCCAUGUUAUUUUCAAGGUGCUGCUCCACCUUCCGUUACAUAAGGCUUUACCAGUCCACAUGUCAGUUGUUUUGCAAACAAUUAAUAGGUUGCGGUUUUAUAGAACACAAGACAUAUCGAGCAGGGCUAGGAACCUCUUAUCCAGAUUGAGCAAAGUGCUUGUAAGGAUUCAAGCAUUGAAGCAACCUCAGAAGGACUCGAUAUGUAAACAAAGGAUAAGUGAAAUUCUCCGUGACGAGUCUUGGAAAUCUGAAGUUGAUAUUACCGAGAAGAUACUUGCCUUGGCUGAUGGUGCUAAUGAGAGCAGAAAGCCUGAGCCCAAAAAAACACCAAUGCUUCUCACUGCUUCUGCUGACGAGACAAAUAAAAGGAGUUCUGUGCAGACAAAAUCCAAACAAAAAAGGAAAGUUCUACUUGUGGAACAUCCAAAUAAGAAAGUUGCAGGGAAGAAUGCUAAUUCUGUCAGGAACACAUCUACAAACAAUAGCAGGCCAUUAUCUGCAGAUGAUAUUCAAAAAGCAAAGAUGCGUGCCAUGUUCAUGCAGGAGAAGUAUGGCAAAGUUGACACAAAUAAAGCGAGUGAUAAACCACAAGCAAUGGAAACACCGAAAAGAGCUGGAUUAGUAAAUUCAAAUGCAUCACCUAUGCCCAUAAGUCCACGUACAUCAGCUGCACGACCUGUUGAUCCAAGCCCAUCUACUUCUAAACAAAGCACAGAUUCUCAGCCUGAUAAUAGAGAAAUCUCAGGUGGUUUGAAGUUAGACAUAGGUUCUAAAACUAAUGUUAUAGAGAAGUUGGAUUCCAAGAGAGUUCUUUGGCAAAUACCACCAGCGGUAUGGAUUGACCCCUCAUGGAGUGUAGGAGCUGGUGACAACAGCAAGGAGGUCGAGGUUCAAACACAGAGAAACCGACGUGAAAAGGAAACCUUUUAUGCAAGUCAGAAGGAUAUCCCAACAAAUCCAAAGGAUCCAUGGGAUCUGGAAAUGGACUUUGAUGACAGCCUGACCCCAGAAAUUCCAAUUGACCAGACGCCAGAUGUUGACGCUAUGGAAACAGAUAGUGUUCGUGCAGCACCUAUUGCUGUGGCUCCUGUUAAGGACAAGCAGAUUGAAUCUACAUCAUCAACAUCAGGUGCAGUUGCUGAUGGUGCAGGUGCUGAUACUGAUUAUGAAUUGCUUACGGUGCUACUCAAGAAUCCGGAGCUUGUUUUUGCAUUAACAUCUAAUAACAAAGGGGAGAACAUGCCUAACGAACAGACCAUUGCCCUUCUGGAUACACUGAAGCAGACUGGCCUUAGCCUUUCAGAGCUUGUUAACAGUCUGGGGAAUGGUGCUGGGUUUCCGAAAGAGCCAGAGCCAGAGGCAGAACCUCUUCCUGCUUCCCUUCCAUCACCAACUCCACCAGACCGUACAUCAAUGGCUGUCUGGAGACCAGAAAACCCAAUGCAGGUUAUGGCUCCAAACUUGCAGCAGCCAUGUUUGUCAAGCCGGGGGAAUACACCUCCUAUUGCAAAUGCCAUGCAGCAAAGCUUCUCAAAUGUUGUCAGUUCGUUACCCUCACAACUUUAUGCUUCAGUUUCGGUUUUGCCGGCACAGAUUCAAGCUAACACCCCAUCUCUACCACAGUUGGCGGUCUCUGUAAAUCCGCCAAUUCGACAUGUUUCCCCUGUGAAUAACCAUCCGAAUAGAGCUUUAGUACAUCAGCAUAAUCAGCAAUACGCUUUGUUAUCUGAUCCUGUUGCCACACCCUUGCAUCAACAAGCAGCGGUGAGCAAAUCAACCCAUGGAGUCCAGAGUAUCCCGAACCCUGCUGUAGCACGUUCGUCAGUGCCUGAGCCUAAUGCAUCUUACACAACACUCCCUUGGCAAUCUAGUGCUGCUGACAUCAUCCACACUGGACGAAAUGCAGCGACUGAUCCAUGGGCAGCCCGCACAACUAACUCCUAUAAUACUGCAUCAGCAAACACAGUGCCGUUUGCUAACCAGAAUGCUUACGGUGAUCAAAGCUCGCACACUGCAUACAAUUCUUAUGGUUCUGCGGCAGUCUCGUCCCAUUCUGUUCUGCCAGGGCACGGACAUGACAGAAAUGGCUACAGCCGACCUACAGUGUCAGAGUACCAAUCGUUGAUGGUGCAGGACAGCCACCGGAGACACUCGAGGUCACCUGAUCCUGGCGUGGUCCGGGACUAUGGCGGCACACAAGGUUAUAAUCAGCAGUCUCGAACGCAUUGGAGUGCAGGGCAAGGGCAACAGAGCUACAAUCCUGAGCCCUCAAGGCAAUGGAGUUCUUCCCAGGCACACCAGGGCUACACACCUGCCGAGUCCUCGAGGCAGUGGAGUACCGCGCAUCAGAGCUACACUCCUGAGCCAUCGAGGCAGCGGAGCUCUGAACGUCAGGGCUACAAUGUUGAGCCCUCGAGGUCUUGGAGUUCCGGCCAGCAGGGCCAGAAUCCGGAGGCAUCCAGACAAUGGAACCGGGGAAAGCAAGAUCCUUACUACAAUCCCAGUGAUGGUCGAAGAUCAUACGAUCAGCACCGGAGGAGAUAACAAAAGCUGUAUACUACAUUAGCUAGAAUCCUGGAGGGAGGCGGUCGGUUCUUGGGAGGGUUUCUUUCAUUUGAUUUGAUGUGAGGCCGGUUAUUCGUUACAUUGGGCUUUGUGAUUGCACAAAGGCCAUUGAGAAAAGCUAUAGAUCAUGUACCAAUCUAGUUUUGUCUCAAAAUGAAAAAAAAAUGUAUCCAUCUAGCAUUCUAGCUGGAGAGGGGAAAGAAGAAAAAUGAAUGAAUGAAUAGCUCAGAAAGAGAUAAGAGGCACCGGCUCGAUUUAAUUGCAGUCUUGAAUGCUAAAUCGAACGAUUGGUCAACUUUCGUCUGUACUCGUGUUGUCCACUCAAGGUCUGUAAAAGUAUUAUUCGUUGACUUAUUGUAAAAAAAAAAAACACUGUUGAAUGACCGAGGAAA